GAAGAUUUCACCGACGUCAACUGCGGAGGAUGCGGCCUAGCCAUCAACGAAGACUCGGCAGACGCAGGCGUCGUCCACUUCGCGACAUCCCUCUGGCAUCUCGAGUGCUUUCGCUGCGCCAAAUGCCACGAGAAGGUCAGCACGGAUCGCGACGACAUCCUGUUGCUAUCGGAUGGCCACCCUAUAUGCGGGCGAUGCAACUACUCGUGUCAAAUCUGCGGACUGCCCAUUCUCGAGGAGGCAAUCAUGACCGGCGAGGAGUCGUACCACGCCUCUUGCUUCACCUGUCGGUCCUGCAAUAGCCGGAUCGAAGAGCUCGUGUUUGCAAAGACGAGUCAAGGUAUCUACUGCAUGCCUUGUCACAAUGAGAGAGUUGCUCGCAGUAGGAGGCAUGCGGACAACAAACGGAGGACGAGGAACAAGGAUGGGACCUCAAGAAGAAAGAAGGACAGCAGCGCUGUUCGAGACGGAAGCUCCGCAGCACAGAACGGCGAGACGAGUAGUAGCAGCAUCCGCAGUCCUCAGCCCGAGAGCUCGCCUGCAGUACUGGCACCACCGACACCUUCGCCUCGUAAGGCAUCGGUAGGGCUGCCUGACUCAACACCGACGAUGUCCUCCUUCGAAAGCUCAGCGCCUCCCACACCACUGGCCGACUCAGGACGAAGCAACGUCUCCGAGAAUCCACCGCCAAGCAGUCCUAGCCCCACUCCACCUCCGCCCAACCCCAAGGACUCUGCUUCCCCGGCCUUGACCCAGUCUUUCAGCCAACAAUCGCAUCAUACACCAUCCCCGUCCAUCGGCAGGCCGAGCGGGCAGCCUACGUUGCGUGAGCUGCGAAGCGGGACUCAUCCGCGGCCAAGGACGGCAGAUUCCAAUUCCAACAUCAGCCGUAUGGCACCGUCGCCCUUGCCGAGACCACCGACCAGCGAGUCGAGUCACUUGGAGGCUACCGCCGACUCGUUCAGCUGCAGAGGCGACCCCGGCUCGCACCUUGAUGUCGGAGGGCCGGGGAUGAUCGCAAAGGCCGACUUCUUACAACCUAUGCCCAUUGCGACCACUUCGAAGUCACAGCAUCUGCAGCCAACACCGCCUGGGACGACCGAUGCGCCUCUCGCUGGCUCUUUCUCCUUCUAUGAUCCUGACCUGAUGAACUUGAUGGACACGUUCGGGCAAUUCGACAGCUCGGACGGCAUCCAGCUUUCGAGCCCGAUGAUUGGCGGGGAUCAACACAACGCUGAUGUAGAUGGGCCCGGCUCACCCUCGCCUUCGUCUCGUGAGCGCGACUUAGCAGAGUCCACCGGGCGAGCAUCCGUGUCAUCUAGCAGAGACGGCUCUGCGGUCCCCGCGAGCUCCUCGAUUACCACUCUGCGAGCCCGCGUCCGCGAAUCGCUGAAAGCGUCAGACGACGGCCGGGUAAGCAUGGACACGUCCUUCAUCGAAUCGAUCCUACAGGAGCUCGAGGACACCAAAGCGCAGAUGAAGACGCUCCAGCACAAGUAUCAGCGCAUGAAGCGUGCAAGCCAACAGGCGGCGCAGGGGUUCAGCCACGCCAAGACUGAGUUCGAACAGCAGGUCCACGCUCGCGAGGAUGCAGAACUGCAGAUGCUUCAGCUCAAGCAGCAGUUGUCGGAGCAGGCUAGCAAGCUGACCAGUGUGGCGAAGCAGGAGCAGAGGCAGGAGAGGAUGGCGAACAGGUCAAAGGACGUCAAAACUUCUCUCGAGGACAUGACAAGGGAUCUCGCCAAGCUGACCGUGGAGAGGGAUAUGACAGUAGCUGAGGUGGCUGAGCUGAUUGCGAUGCAAGACGGACGUGCGCCGCUGCCUCCCUCCAAGUCAACAGAGCCCACUAGCCGUGGUGAGGGGAGCGGUGCGGGCGACGAGUCGUCGAAGAAGACUCUGCAGUCACGCUUGAGCGUUCGCUUGGACGGUGUCAAGGCCAAGUAUCGAAAGGAGAUCAACGACCUGACGAAUCAGAGGGACGAGCUGCUACUGGAGAUUGAGGACCUCCGUCAGUCGCGCGACGUCUACCUCGAAGAGACAGAGGCGCUCAAUACGCGAAAUGAGGAGCUCAAUCUGCUCCUCUCCAAGCUUCAGAAUCGCGUCGAGUCGUUGACCGCUGCUGAAAUGGCGGCGCAGAGUGCAAGAGAAGCGAGCAAGUCAUCGCCAGCUCGGCCCGGCAGCAAUCUGGCCCUGCCCAGCCCAGGGCACCUUUCGUCCUCUUCAGGCGUAUCGACAGCCGCAGCGCCGAGCAGUACCAAGGGAUCCUGGUUCGGUGGGCGCAGCAAGCAGUCCUCUCAGACAUCCUCCCUCAGCAACCACCACCACACCUCUUCUUCAAUCUCGUCAGCCAGAGACCUACCUGGCUUCCAAGAUCGCAACGCAGCAGAAGCAGCGGCUGCGGCAGCGGCAGCGAUGAAUGCUACGUCCUCUGCUGCAGCCAAGAAGUUCAAGUGGAUGAAGGCGGGAGCCAAGAGCGCGGGACAAGGAAUUGCAUCAGCCCUCCCUGGCGUCCACUCUCCGCCUGUUCCGCCCAAGUCGUCAGCAGUCCCGCUAGGCAGUGUCGCAGGUGGUGGUUCGUCUAUGAACGCGAAUGAGGUCGUUGUACGCGAGCACUUGUUCCAGCCCUUCAACGUCCUCCGCCCAACGCGCUGCUUUGCCUGUCAGAAGAAUAUGUGGGGACAGAGCGAAGUACGAUGCGCCCUCUGCGGUCAAGUCUGCCACAGCAAAUGCUUGAACAGCCUAUCCCUGUCCUGCCAUCAGCCUUACCUUGGUGCGGGCACUGGAUCUGGAGGGCCGAGCAUGGCCCCAACGAUCUUCGGGCGCUCCCUCAUUGACCAAGUCGCAUCAGAAGGGCGGCCAGAUCUCUCUUCGCCAUUGGUCCCUGUGAUCGUUCUCAAGUGCAUUCAAGCAGUCGAGGUAAACGGCAUGGACUUCGAAGGGAUCUAUCGCAAGUCUGGAGGUUCGUCACAGCUCAAGAUCAUCACGCAAUUGUUCGAGCGUGGACAACGCUUCGACCUCGACGACUGCGAUCGAUUCAAUGAUGUGUCGGCCGUUACUUCCGUACUCAAGAAUUACUUCAGAGAGCUGCCCGAACCGCUUCUCACGUACGAGCUGCACGAAGCAUUCAUUGAGGCUGCGGAGACGAGUAGUAGCAGCGCACAGCAGCACGCCGAUGGGGAUGCCGGUUUGAGCUCCAAGAAGGAGCGCAUGCUUCAUCUCAUUCGUCAACUUCCGGCUCCUCACCACGACACGCUCAAGGUCCUCUGUCUCCAUCUCAAGCGCAUUGGCGAUCGUCAGGCUGAGAAUCGCAUGACGGCCCGUAAUCUUGGCGUCGUCUUUGGGCCUACGCUGAUGCGCAGCAGAGACCCGUCGAGGGAAUUUGCGGACAUGGGCCAGAAGAGUAUCACGGUUGAGUGGUUGUGCGAGAAUGCCGAGGCUGUCUUU